UGUUCCGGAUAUGGGCCGAAGGCGCCUUGUGCGUCAUGACGUCACUGCGUUAGGCUGCGUAGAGAGGACGAGGAGAAACAUGGCGGGACGCGGGAAAAGAAAAUCCAAAUCUGCAGCUCGGGUGAACGGAGACACCAAACGAGGGCGGAAUGAGGAGGAGCCGGAGGCGGGGCCUAGUCAGAGGGCGGAGUCUUUAGUACCUGAGCAGGUGAGGAACGAGGUGGAGGAUCUGUACAGCCUGCACAUGCCUCGCGACUUCUACCACUUCUGGGAUUUUUGCCGCCAGAGGUGUCCAGAUAACCCUCAAGAUGCCCUGCAGGACUCUGUGGGUGUGCGUCUAGUCGGGCCGUUUGAUAUUGUGUGCGGUAAACACACUCAUGGUACCUCAAGACCCAACUUCCACUUACACUGGAGACAUUACUAUGAUCCACCUGAGUUUCAGACCGUCCUCCAGGGGGACACGUCCACAAACCUGCACCUGGGAUACUACAGAGAUAGUCCAGAUGCCCUGCCGGUGUUUGUGGGUGAGAAUGAGGCGAGUAAUGGCUGUACCAUUACACAGAUGGGGGAGAACCUCUUUGCUGCAGUGCUGUUACUAAUACAAAGAAAGAAGCGUGAGAAGAGUGGGCGGGGCAAUGAAGCUCUGGAGAUAUUAGAGGUGGAGUUAAAGAAGGAGGCGGAGCAUCUGGGUUUGCCCUUGGAGCAGAAAACCAAAGCCAUGAAGCAAAGAGAAAAGAAGGUGGUCAGUAAAACAUUUCAUGGGGCAGGCAUUGUGGUUCCUAUUGACAAAAACGACGUAGGAUAUCGAGAACUCCCUGAGUCUGACGCUGGAUUGAAGAGGAUCUGCAAGGCGAUUGUGGAGGCUGAGGAUGAUGAGAAGAGGAUGAAAGCCUUCGGGCCUCUACAAGAAAUAAUGACGUUUGUACAGUUUGCUAACGAUGAAUGUGAUUACGGCAUGGGCUUCGAACUCGGCAUCGACCUCUUCUGUUACGGCUCGCACUAUUUCUCAAAGGUGAUUGGCCAGCUGCUGCCUAUGGCAUACACACUGCUUCAGAGGGGCGUGUUUGCUGACAUCAUAAAGGCACAUCUAGCGAACCGUUCCCAUGCCAACCUCGAUCAGCUGCCAGCUGUAUGACGGGCGGAGUCACAUCUGCAGUAUGUAUAUGUUUAUUUCAGGGCGGAGCCACAUUACAGAAAAAGAAGAAAUUUGUUCAUCAAACAAGUUCUUGUUUUAGUUCUCAUUUUGUCUGGAUGUGUGUGUGUGUGUGUGUGUGUGUGUGUGUGUGUGUGUGUGUGUGUGUGUGUGUGUGAGUGCGAGGUGGUGUAUCACGUUUAAAGUUUAAUAAAGUUUUCUUCAAUGUGA